UGCCGCCCCUCUUCCAGCUACAACCACUGCCGCCCUCCUCCAGCUACAACCACUGCCGCCCCUCCUCCAGCUACAACCACUGCCGCCCCUCUUCCAGCUACAACCACUGCCGCCCCUCCUCCAGCUACAACCACAGCCGCCCCUCUUCCAGCUACAACCACUGCCGCCCCUCCUCCAGCUACAACCACUGCCGCCCCUCCUCCAGCUACAACCACUGCCGCCCCUCUUCCAGCUACAACCACUGCCGCCCCUCUUCCAGCUACAACGACUGCCGCUCCUCCUCCAGCUACAACCACUGCCGCCCCUCUUCCAGCUACAACCACUGCCGCCCCUCCUCCAGCUACAACCACUGCCGCCCCUCUUCCAGCUACAACGACUGCCACCCCUCCUCCAGCUACAACCACUGCCUGCUCCCUCUCCAGCUACAACGACAGCCGCCCCUCCUCCAGC